UCCACAGGUUGCCGCGCGGCUCUCUCCUCCUCUCUGAGUAUCUUAAGAACUAAGUGUGCCGCCGGUGGAGAAGAACUGAGGAAUGGUUUGGCUGAACGUUUUGGACUUUUACUGCAAAGCAGCUCGUGAGAAAAAGGCAAAAUCAACAGUCUUGGGACACUUUGAUUAUAACCGGGCUUAACAACAAUGUGAUUGUAUUGCGCGGGACUUUUCUGUCGUAAAAUUAUCUGUUUAUUGAGAAGACUGUUUUUAUUCGAGAACAUCAUGCCACCUCACUGCAGCUGCACCCCGUUGAGAACAGUUACAUAAUGGCAUGUAGGAGCGGCUGCUGCUGCGGCUCCGGUCCGAUAAACGAGGAUAACGCGAGGUUCCUGCUGCUGGCUUUGUUCAUCAUCAUCUAUCUCCUUUGUGGGGCUGCAGUCUUCUCCGCGCUGGAGCAGCCAAAGGAGCGAGAGGCGCAGGAGCGCUGGGCGCAGAGGUUUGAGCAUUUCAGGCAGACGUACAACCUAAGUAAAAAAGAUCUGAAAAACUUCCUGAGGAACUACGAGGAGGCGAACGUGGCAGGUAUCCGUGUGGACACAAUCAGACCUCGGUGGGACUUCACCGGAGCUUUUUAUUUCGUGGGAACGGUGGUAUCAACCAUUGGGUUUGGGAUGACCACUCCCGCCACCAUUGGAGGAAAAGUCUUCCUGAUGUUCUACGGCCUGCUCGGCUGCGCAGCCACAAUCCUCUUCUUUAACCUCUUUCUGGAGCGUGUCAUCACCGUCAUCGCCGUUGUCCUCAAGUCCUUUCAUGAACGACGCCAUAAAAAAGCAGCGCUUGCAUUAAAUGGUCGGCGGGUCUCUGAGGGUAACACAGCUGGGGGAAAUGGAGGAGGAAGAGGAGAGGAUCUGGCUGGCUGGAAACCUUCGGUCUACUGCGUCAUGUUCAUUUUAGGAGUGGCAGCCAUCGUGGUGUCCUGCUGUGCCUCGCUCAUGUACUCGGCAGCCGAGGGCUGGGGCUACCUGGACUCGCUCUACUUCUGCUUUGUGGCCUUCAGCACCAUCGGUUUUGGAGACAUGGUGAGCAGCCAGCGGGUUGUCUACGAGGACCAUGCCACGUCCGCAUAUCGGCUGGGCAACUUCUUCUUCAUCCUGACUGGCGUCUGCUGCAUCUACUCCCUCUUCAACGUCAUCUCCAUCAUCAUUAAGCAGGUCCUCAACUGGCUGCUGAGGAGGCUGGAGGCCCCCUGCCGCUGCUGUUUCCCUAAAAGGGGUCAUCACCCGCACCGGCACCCCCGACGGAAUGUGGUGGCCCCGGGCCACCUACGUGCUCGUAGAGACCCCUCCAUCGAGACAGAUGCCAUCAACGAGAGCGAGACUGACACUGGGCGCAGGAUGUCUGGGGAGAUGAUCUCCAUGAGAGACUUCCUAGCAGCCAACAAGGUGAAUCUGGCAAUUAUGCAGAAGCAGCUUUCGGAGAUGGCCAUCGGGCACCCGCGCCAGUCCAGCUCCAGUUCACGUCAGAACGGAUUCUCAGGAGGGGUGGGCGCCCUUGGCAUCAUGAACAACCGGUUGGCAGAGACUAGCGUGGACAGAUAGGGGGAACAGCAUGAAUCAUUUUCAAAGGUUACAAAAGGCUGAGAGGAUGAGAUGAGAAAGGACAAAUUAACACUGAGGAUUGCCUUCCUGGAAAAAAAAAAAGGAAGACUUGGGUAUGAAGUAUGAAUUUAUGACUAAUUCAUCUUUUCCAUCAACAAGCACACUGACCCCAG